ACCACCACUACAACAAAAACAACAACAGGCACAUCAAAGUUCACCGGUGACUGAACUCGGUGAAGAUCAGGAGAUACCAGAGCAACAAACACACUCCAAACCCGAGGAAGUCAAACUACCCUCGACAGUUGAGGAGUUUCAUCAGGAGUUCUUGAAGACCACAGCUGAAUUAAGUGGUGUGAUGAACAAAUUCAACAACCUCUUGUCGUUGUCAAAGAAGUUCUUUGACACGACUGUUGAUGUAAAAGAAACAAUGUCAUUUAAUAUGGCAGAGAUGUGGUCCAAGUGUUCAGAAACACAACUUCCAACCGUGUUUGAUAACGCCAAGAAUGCAUCGAAUGAGGAGAGAAAAGAUUCACAGGAGAUGGGUUCCAUUCUGAGUCAAGACAAAGAGUUUUUCAGCUCGGACUACUUCUCCAUUUUAUUUGAUGAUGCAGUCAAGAAAGCGACUAGAGGGAAGAAAAAAGAAACUGUUAUGGAAAAAGAAACAGAGGAACCUAUGUCAGAGGAGCCUCUAUCAGAGGAAAGUCUACCAGAAUUACCUCCAUUUCUCACACCUCCCACUAUGGACUCUGAAAAUGAUGGGGUUAAUGAUUUGACUUUGAAGCUUGGACUACCGUCCAUUUCAGAAAUUACCCCUACACAUGACUAUGAAGAGGAGAUGAGGAUCCAAGCACUCUUGAUGAACAACUCUUUAACAGAACGUGACCUUCAAACGAUUUCAGGGGAGAAGGAAGAUUAUUCAGAAAAAGAACAGCAGUCUCCACCGAAAACCGAAGUACCUGAGAGUUUGAAGAACAAUGAUGAUGCUUUGAACAAAAGCAGCGAAAAAGGAACACCAAUCCCUAAUCGAGAAGAACAAGAUUUUGAGACCCCAAAAGUUCCUGUAGCGGAUUCCCAGGGUGAUGUGAUUACUCCAUCAGUCUAUCUGAGAGAUGAAGAGGAUGUUCCAACAAAAACACAAAAAGAUGAAGAGGAUGUUCCAACUACAAGUCAAAUCCCUGCCACAAUGAGGAUGAAGAGAAUCAAGAAUGUCCCUAUAGUGUUACGGUCACCGUUUUUAAUUCAGUAUUCAGAUUUACUUGAGGCUAGUGACAAACUAAGCCAAGAGGAAAAGGAUUUGAAAUGCAUUCUUGAUUAUGCAAUUGGAGAGGGUGAUCCUAGUGAGUUGGUGUACUAUGACAAAUGGAACCUAAUUAAUUACAAGAGAAAAUAUGCAAACCCUAGGUGGGGAUGUUUGGGUGGAAAAUAAUAUCAUUGACACAUUCGCAAAACUGUUGAAUGAUGAUCGAAACCAGUGCGUAAAGACGAACAUGAAAUUCUACUUUUCGACAAUUCCUUAUGUAAGAUUUAAAACAUCCAAAACCUUAUUAUUUUAUUUGUUUAUUAUUUUAUACUAGUGUAUACUUAAAAUUAUUUUCUAUAUGAAGAAUAUGUUGUUACAAAACGACGCAUAUGGUGGGACACAGGAUAGCCAAGGAACUGAGCAGAAGAGGUUUCAGAAUUUUAUGGAUUCCAUUAAGCAUGAAAUGUCAGUUGCAAAUGUUUCAUCUCUAAAGGGAUACCAUCUGUUGUUCUUUCCUGUUUGUUCUGGUGCACAUUUCUUCCUUAUUGUGAUAAACAAUAAAACAAAGAAAGUUGAAAUUCUUGACAAUCUCGAUCUACCGGAGGGAAUACCUUUUGAGAACAAAUAUGAACAGAAUCCCCAAAAGACUUUUGAAGCAUGGUUGAAGUUUUGUGAGCUGGAAGGGUAUCCAUUAAAAAACACACAAAUCAAGCAAUAUGAAAUCACAUUACCUUCAAUGACAUGGAAAAAUCGAGAAAACAAAGUCGACUGUGGGGUGUAUGCAAUGCGGCAUAUGGAGACAUAUAAAGGCAACCCGAAUUGGGAUUGUGGAUUUACAAACUAUGAAGAUGAU